UUCUUUCCUUUACAGAUGGCUCAGCGAAUUCUCCUGAGGAGGUUUCUGGCCUCUGUCAUCUCCAGAAGCCCUCAGGGUCAGUGGCCACCCCUCACCUCGGGCCUUCAGACUCCACAGUGCAGUCCUGGUGGCCUGACAAUAACCCCGCCCAGCCGGACAAUAUGUACCACCAGAGUCCUUUCAACAACCUUUAACAUCCAGGAUGGACCUGACUUCCAAGACCGAGUCGUCAACAGUGAGACACCAGUGGUUGUGGAUUUCCAUGCACAGUGGUGUGGCCCCUGCAAGAUCCUGGGGCCACGGUUAGAGAAGAUGGUGGCCAAGCAGCAUGGGAAGGUGGUGAUGGCCAAGGUGGACAUUGAUGACCACACAGACCUCGCCAUUGAAUAUGAGGUGUCAGCAGUGCCCACCGUACUGGCCAUGAAGAACGGGGACGUGGUGGACAAGUUUGUGGGCAUCAAGGAUGAGGACCAGCUGGAGGCCUUCCUGAAGAAGCUGAUUGGCUGACAAGCAGGGAAGAGUCCUGAUUGUCUGGGACCCCCAUGGUCCCAGGGAGGGACCCCAGUAGAACUCACAGCCCUUGUGUGCUGGCCCUUCCUGCCACCUCCCUCUUUCUGGCCCCUGUGGGCCUGUGCUUUGGAGACCAGCCUCCAAACGUGGGCCACACAUGCUCCUGAGCCGCUGACCGCCAGGGUGGCCGUUGGAGGAAUGGUGCUGCUGCUGACCUGGGACAGCGCCUUGCCACCCGCCCUGUCUUGUCUGCUCCCUCUAGGGCUUGUUGCAGUUCCCGUGGCGCUGGGGGAGAGCCUGGGCCAGCCAUAGCGUUCCUGGUCACAACACCUCGGGCCUCACUCACCUCCUCGGUCCCUCCUGAUGUGAACCUCUGCUUCCUGCAUCUUUCUCUCCUGCUGCAGUUUUGUAAAAAGAAUCACAACGAAGAAACCCAAACAAGUGAGAGUGAUACAUAAUUCUCUCAUUUUUUGUAGGUCUGUAAUAAAGAACUUUAUGUGAUCCCUUCUUCCUCCUGCCAUGAAGAACUGGCCCGAGUCCCCCCAAAAGAGCCACCACUUCUUUCCCUUAGGCACAAGGGCAGAGGACAAGCACGGGGCUGGGGGAGCCCUGGAGACCUUUGACUGGGGAAGGGUCUGGACGCCAGCUUCCCUCACACUAGCUGGCCCUUUGGUUCUCUGAGCAGGAGGCUUAACUGUGAACAGAUCAGAUCAAUAAAGCUAGAGGUUUGCACUGUUGGCAA